CCGUCCUAUACAAAAAAGAUAAAUAUGACAAGACCAUUUGAAGAUCAGACAUCUUUGGAGUUCUUCUCUAAGAAGUCAGACUGUUCCUUGUUUUUGUUUGGUUCCCAUAACAAGAAGCGUCCUAACAACCUGAUUUUUGGCAGCAUGUAUGAUUUUCAUGUUCUUGAUAUGAUUGAGCUGGGUGUGGAAAAGCAUGUCUCUUUGAAGGAUAUUAAGAACUGCAAGUGCCCUGAAGGAACAAAACCUAUGCUGAUAUUUGCUGGAGACAUGUUUGUAUUGAAUGAAGAUUAUAAACACUUAAAAAGCCUCUUGAUUGAUUUCUUCAGAGGAACGACUGUCUCUGGUAUUCGCUCUGCUGGUUUGGAGCACGUCUUACAUUUUACAGCAGUGGAGGGAAAGGUCUUAUUGCGUAGCUACAAGGUAUUGAUGAAGAAAUCUGGAUGUAGGACACCAAGAAUUGAGCUUGAAGACAUGGGUCCUAACUUUAAUUUUGUUGUAAGAAGAACUCACCUGACUUCAGAUGACCUUUAUAAAGUGGCCAUGAAACAUCCUAAAGCUCUUAAGGCAAAGAAAAAGAAGAAUAUCUCUCACAAUACUUUUGGCACAAAAUAUGGCCGUAUCCAUAUGCAAAAGCAGGACCUAAGUAAAUUGAGGACUCGCAAGGUUAAAGGGCUAAAGAAGAGAUGUGCAGAAAAGAUGGCAACAGAGGCUGAAGACAUAAAUGCAAAGAAGAUAAAGCAGAAUUAGGCAGAUGAGUGUUGGCACUUGUCAUU